AUAAUAAUAAGUACAUUAAGGAAAAGGAAAUUCGGGAAGUCUUUCUACAAUAAACCAAUCCUUUCAUUUAAAUCCAAAGAAAAAGCCAGCCACCGCGUUCUUCACGAUUCUCUUGUCAAUUGUGUGUGUGUUUUUUUUACUUUUUCUUUACAAAAAGUCGCAUCUAAUUUGUGACCGCCAACUGUACAAGAAACUUCCCCGUGAUUUCUUGGUUGAAUCGUUGCGAUUGGUGUUGAUUGGAUCCCAAUAAUUCGUUUCUUUUUUUUGUGAAUUGACCGGGUUUUAGAAGAGUUUUUAAUUAGGGUUUUCGUUUCUUUGUUCGAUGUUGCUGAUGACGGAGGAUAAGUAUAAUGAUAGCUUUGCUGAUUGUAAGUUCGAUUAUGAUUUCGUUGGCGAUGGUCUCAGCAUGGAUAUCGACAGCUUGAUUCGUAUUCUUGAGGAGAAGUCUGAUGAUCCUCAGCAGAGUAAUCCAGAAGAUCCAUCACCUAGAAAUAUGUCUCAGAGGGACUCGGGUCUUGAAUCCUUCCAGUUUCAGAGAGAUUCACCUUCCUUGGGGUUAAUUUCUGCCGACUCAUUUGAUUAUCACGGGAAUUUAGAACCCUCACCGGUCCAAACAUCCUCUGCAAGUUUGAAAGAUUGGUCCGCUUGUCAAGGGACAUCCUACACAGAUAGGGAUGAAAUGUCUCUGCUUGAGAUGCCCAGCUGUAGUACAUCUAGUUUUAUUGAGAUAGAUGGCAACCAUGUGUUAGAUCACAGAGAUAAUUUGAAUUUUGAUCUUGUGGAUGAUGAAACUAGCUUAUUGUCCAUCAAUACUAAAGAGGAGUUUGACUACAAAAAUGCUUUGCAGAGCCCUGCUGAUGAGAAUACAAACAGAACAUUUGAUCAGUAUGGUGAUUUUCUAAUUAAUUCAGUGACAAGCCUUGAAGCUCCUGAUAUUGAGGUAGCUAGGUCUGUGGAGUUUUGUUCCUUCGAUGCAGCUAUGAGUUCACACAAUCUUACUUCUAAUAAGCCUAUCAUCUAUCAUGGUUCUGAUAUGGUUAGUGAUGUUAGUGGUCCUUCUUCAGUUAUACCUCAUUAUAUGAAUGGGAAUGAUCCAUAUUUUGCUGAUUCGUCCAUGCAACAUUUGCCUGGUUCCUUCAAUUUUAUGUUUGAAGAAAAUAAGGCGGGUGAAGUUCUGGAAUUUCCCACUGAGAGUGCGUGCUCAAGUAGUAGGACAAUGUAUGCUCAGGGAAGAACUGAUAAUGGAUCUGUAUCACAGCUCUCAAUGACUGCUUUCUCUGAUGUCAAGCCUCUACAUUGUGAAGGUGACAGGAAUGGACGUGUUUUACCAGCCUAUAGAAAAUUUUCUUACAUUGCCACUGAUGAACGCAUUGAUGAAAAAAGAUCGGUGCAGCCAUUGCCUCAUUCUCAUCCUUGCAUUUCAAAAAACAGUCAAGCAGUUUUUGUAAAGAAUGAAGAUAACAAAUUCAUUACAUCUGGCAAUAUUUUCUCCCAGUCUGCUGAACCUUUAAAAUUAAAUGAAGCUAACCUAAGAAAGUAUACCGGAAGAGAUGCUGAUUCACUUGAUGAAGCCUCAAAGCAUUCACCUGACAUUUAUUCUUCUAUAUCUAAUCAAGAGUUUAUGGGUUUUGGCAAGGAUGCUCGUCAUGAUAUUAGUCUAAAUGUUAGUAGUAAAAGUUUCUUUGGUGAUGAACAUUUGAAUGUAGCUUCCUCAGAGCAAUAUUUUCCAGUGCUCGCCCAAUUACUUCAACCAAGAGGAAGUUAAGUUGUUUUCAGGAUGGAAGAGAGAACAAGUUGAUUC